AUGCAUUUCCGUUUCUCUUCCCGCCUGACCAAGAGUGUCAAGGCCAAGUACCGCACCAUCUCGAACCAGUACGCCGACUACCGCCGCAAUCGAAAGAUUGCAAAGUCCACCAAGUCCCCGGUGGCACCAAGCCCCCAAACGCAACAUGGGGCGGCCAACCCUUGGCAGGGCGAGCCAUACCGGUUCGCCAACGACCCUGACGACUGGGAGAAAAACCUGGCGUCAGGCGCCGAGUCAGACUAUGGCUCGGAUUAUGGCAGCGACGACGGCAUCUCGGUCGAGGAGGAAGACUUGGGAUGCGAAUUUGAUGUCGAGGCUUUUAUCAAGUGGUGGUUUCACGAAUCAACCCUUUUGAGGUCCUGGUAA